AUGUUCUACCUCAGUACUGCCAGACUAAUUGAUGAUGCUGAAUUAGUCUUCAUCAAAAGGAGUGCUCCCCAGAGUCACAAUUCGCCACAUAACUUUGUUCUUGCGGAACAAGUCGUUAGCAGCAAGAUCAUGGAGACAAGCAGCGCAGAAACCGAAGCUCAUGCCACGCUCACACUCGAAGAAGAGAUUCACUGCCACAAAGCCCGCAUCUUCAGCCUACUCACCGACGCCCCCGUUGUUCGAGCCUGGAAAAACGCCAUCUGUGACGGUGCAGUGUACCUUGGCCAGGGUUUCUUCCCGAAGUCAUAUGCAGAUCGAUACUUCCAAACGUCGAGAGAGGAUAUCAGCUACGUGACCUUUAGCAUAGUUACUGCAUUCAAGGAGGACGGAAUGGAUGCUGAGGGAGAAAAGAUCGAACGCUCUCAGUGCCACAUAUCGCCAGCACAACGUGAAGCUUCCGACUUCUUGAUUGUUACCUUUUCCAACGAUCACGACCUAAUCGCACUGCUUCCCCAUAGAUUAUACUGGCGAGUCGAAGGAGGCGAGAGCACUGGCAAAGACGAGUAUUUUCCUGAUGAAAUACCAGCCGCAACUUUAUUCGCAUACAGCUUCUCUACCAAACUUCUGCUAGCACACAUUGACGAGGUCAAGCGAAGCGCCAACCGUCCUAUGCACCCCACCACCACUCCAUUCCAAAUCGGGUUGGAUGGACGAAUCCCAAGGGCCGACACUCCGGUGGCCAUUAUGCCUGGAGUAUCAGGAACACAACUGACAGAAUCUGACCGAUCAAUACAGGCUUCCGAAAAAGAAGAGGAAAAAGCACUGCGAAUCAUCCACGAGAAAUUUCCCAUGUGGAGAUCGUCUAUGAACAUCGACUUCUUGGACUACCAACCACUGCUGCGAGACUUCAGAAUCGUCAUCUCCAGGUGCUCAGAGUUCCCAAACGGUCUUGAAGCUGUCAUCAGCCACAGUAUUGUGGGCAAACCCAAGAACGGCGACAACCGCCAUCACCUCAGAUAUGCUGAUUAUUUUCUCACGCACUCUAUCACCUUGGACCCGAAUUACGCUUUUUUCAUUCCGCGUCGACUAAUUCCCGAGGUCUGGUUUACAUCGCCACGCCCACAUGAAUCUAUGCCGAGAGAGCUCAGCGACUCUGGUCGCCUUAUUAGCAACAAAAAAUUUAUCCUCGAGAUGGAUUACGCAGGAAGAUGGGCCAAGGACGUCUGGGGCAUUAUCAGCAAAUAUCCACCAGGCGAACAUCCCACUCCUGCAAAAGAAAAGGAAGAAAAGUUGAAGAAGGCGUUCCCAUGGCCAGAGAGAGAAGCGCAGUUCACGUUUGAAAAAGAUUCAACGCCAAAUAAAGCCCGAAGAGACAGAGAGCAUCUGUUUUCUCAGCACGAUACUGGACCGGGUGAAGAUGGUGCAGUGCAGCCCAGCGAUGUCUCCCUUCUCGCAGAACACUACUUCGAGAAGGCGUCAUUGGACCAGAAGGAGGCUGAAGAUGAUGCUACCUGA